CAGAAUUAAAUAUAUUAAAAAUUUGAUAAAUAUCCAAAUAUUAAUGCAAUAAUUAAAAAUCAAAUUUCAAUAAUAAAUCAAUUAUAUAUAGUGUAAAAGCAUAAUAAAAAUGGAAAUAGAAAAGCAGCUAAUUUAGUAAGAUCAAGAACAUAAGUUUUUAAAUUUGCCACCAAAUUUUGAUAUUUAUCUCGAUGAUUGCUUUUUUUUGAAUUUUAAUAACGAAAAUAUACUACCUGAAAAUAUAGAUUCUGAUGUCUCAAGCUACAAGAAUAUAAUCAUAAAUUUUACAGAAAAAUCAAAUCUCCUAAUUGAUGGGCUAGAAAAAUUCAUUGAAAAAAUCGUGUAUAAGAAUAGAAAGAUAGAAUACUUUGAAUUAAAUCUAAAGAAGUUAGGAAAAUGGCAUAAAUUAGAUACAUCUGAAGUUAUUAGAUUAUGCAAAAUAAUACAGCAAGUUAAUAAAGUUAAAUAUCUUUAUCUCUACUUUGAUAGCGUCUCUGAGGAAUAUAGUGAUGAUAUUAUUUGCUCAAUUAUCGAUAUCGCUUUUGUCUAAACGAAUUUAGAAAUGCUUCAUAUUGAAUUAUCUUCUCUUGCAUAAAAAGGAGCUGGCUAAUUGGGAUCUAUAAAGUUAGCUUAAACUAUUGAAGCAUAAAAUAAACUAAAACAUCUUUCACUAAAUUUGCAUGGUUGGGGAACAGAGAAUGAUUAAUAACAUCCGAACUAAUAAGACCUUUUACAGAUAAUACAAAAAAUACCUAUUAAUUUAAAUUUAGAGUCAUUAUACCUAUGUUGUGGUGGCUGGAAGUCUUGGGGAAAUAUUAGAGAUAUUGAUAUGUAGCAGUACAUGAAUGAAUUGAAAAAACUUUAGAAUUUAAAAUAUCUCAUGUUAGAUUUAAGAGGAUGGGCCUGCACUAUCUCUAAUCCAUGGGAGACAAUAUUCACAAAUGAAGGAGCUACUUACCUUUAAGAGUUCCUUUCUUCAUAAAUAAAUCUUGAGUGGUUAAAUUUAAAACUACUAGGAUGGGGAGAUAAUAAUCCUUCUUUUACUUCACAAGCUAUUAUGUCUAUUGGUGAAGGAUUAGGAAAACUUUAAAACCUGCAAUUUCUCAACUUAGAUCUAAAAAAACCUCCUUCUUCAAGGGAUUUUCAGAAUAAAUACUCUCCAUACUCGUUAGUAUAUUUACUCACAUAAAUAAGAAAUUUAAAAAAGCUUACUAGAGUUAACAUAGUUUUACCAAACCAUUGUAUGAUUCCUUAAGUAAAAAAAGUUCUCUAAUAUAUAACAAAAGCAGUUCAAGAUAGAACUCAUAUUAUAGAAGUCUUGAAACUCAUGGAAAAAGAAUCAGUGGCCUAAAUGUAUAGAAAAGAAAUAAUUUAAAGAGCAAUAAUUGCAAUAUUUGGGAACUAAUUAAAGUUUUGACACGCUAUCUAUCUAUUUAUCUAGCUUAUUUAUUAUUUCUUAAUUAUUAUUUCACUUUUAUAUCCUGUCUAAAUUUUAAAUUGUUAUCAAUAUAAUUGAUC